AUGUGUCUAUCCUCCGGACCAACUGAACAAGAUAAAAAGGAAAUUGCGGAUUUCUCUGAUUGGCUUUUAAAGAUAGGAGAGGGACGAAUUUCCGAACCUAACGACGGUUAUGCUAACAUUGACAUACCACCCGAACUGUUAAUUACAGACUUCGAUGACCCUAUUCAAGCUAUAGUGGAGAGUACAUAUCCUGAUUUCUUAAAUUGUUACCAAUCGUCUGAUUAUCUAAAUAAUAGGGCCAUUCUUGCUUCCACUUUGGACAUUGUUGACAAUAUCAAUGACUAUAUCCUUGCCAUUAUGCCAGGGGAAAUAAGAGAUUACUACAGCUCUAACUCAGUUGAUCGAUCAGAAAUCCAUGACAGCAUCAUUCUUCAGGUCCUUAGCCCAGAAUUCCUCAGCUCCUUAAGAACUUCUGGCCUACCCAACCAUCACUUAAAGUUAAAGGUUGGAACACCAAUCAUGCUUAUGCGAAACAUUGAUCAAUCCCAAGGUCUAUGUAAUGGGACAAGGCUUAUAGUAACUAAUAUGGCUGCUCAUGUGCUUGAGGCCAAAUUGAUGGGUGAUAACAAUAAUGGGAAAGUUAUAUACAUCCCGCGAAUGGAUAUGUCCCCGUCUCAAUCUCCUUGGCCAUUCAAGUUAUCGAGACGUCAAUUUCCGGUUAUUGUAGCCUACGCCAUGACCAUUAACAAAUCUCAAGGCCAAUCGUUGGAUUGGGUUGGACUCUAUAUACCUCGGGAUGUUUUCACACAUGGACAGAUUUAUGUUGCCGUUUCACGAGUUACAACUAAAAGAGGUAUCAAGAUUUUGAUACAUGAUGAUAAAAACAUCCCAAAGCUUUCAACAUGUAAUGUUGUAUAUAAGGAGGUUUUUAACAACAUAUAG